AUGAAAACAACUGAAAGCGAUACAGCCGUAAACCAAGAUGCUCAGGACGCAGAGCUUUUACUUUGUGGAGUUGUUGAAGGAUUUUACGGACGACCAUGGACGGCUGAUCAGAGGAAAAAUUUGUUUGAAAGGAUGAGAGAACUUGGUAUGAAUGUGUAUCUUUACGCUCCAAAAGAUGAUUUGAAACAUAGAGCUGAAUGGAGGGUCUUGUACACUUCUGAUGAAACUGACCUUUUGCAGUCUUUAAUUGAAGCAGCCCGUAGACAGGGGAUAACUUUUGUUUAUGCGUUAUCACCGGGGAUUGAUAUCAUUUAUUCGAGUGAGAAGGAAGUUAAAGCCCUUCAAGAUAAAUUAAGUCAGGUAAAAAAUAUUGGCUGUGAGGCUUUCGCUUUGCUUUUUGAUGACAUAGAGGCAACUAUGCAUGAGCAGGACAAGAAAAAAUUUCUUUCCUUUGUUAUGGCCCAGCUAACUGUAGCUAAUUCAAUAUAUGAAUAUUUAAAAUGCCCACAGUUCUUCUUCUGCCCAACUGAGUACUGUGAGUCUCGCGCCUGCCCUUCGAUUGAAGAGUCUGAUUACUUGAAGACUCUUGGUAAUAAGCUGCUCCCAAAUAUUCACAUUCUUUGGACAGGAGCGCGUGUUGUUUCUCGGUACAUCACAAUUGAACAUAUUCGCAGGGUAUCGGCUGUACUUCAACGAAAGCCAGUUAUUUGGGAUAAUUUGCACGCUAAUGAUUAUGACCCAAAGCGAAUAUUUCUUGGACCUUUUGCAGGAAGAUCUGUAAAGCUAAAAAAUGAAAUUAAUGGUAUCUUGCUUAACCCGAAUUGUCGGUAUGAAGCAAAUUUUGUGCCUUUGUUCACAAUCGCUGAGUGGAACAGCUGUCACGCUGAUGCAGAGUUGGAAGAAGAUACAGGCUGCAGUGGAGCCUCUGCUGCUAUCUUGGAAGCUGGUGGAUUGGCUCCCGUUGCUGCUAAAAUAGUGGAAGAUGCAUCACCUAAAAAGCUUUAUCACCCUUUGAAGGCUUUGGAGGAAGGGAUCAGGCGGUGGCUAGACUAUUUUAACGAACCGUUCGUUUCUUCCGGCGUCUUACCUAUUGUUCAAAUGGAUACUCAAACUGGUGGUCCAGUGGAGCGUACCCCUAGCACUGCUUUGGUUCCUCCGGUAAUACGAACUUGUGAGGGUAAUGAACUUCUCCCCAAUACCGAUAUUCCGCCUCCUUUGUAUUCUGCUCCUCCGAUUGGUUCUGCUACUACUGUUACUGUACAGACUUAUUCAAUAUCUGAUGCUGUUAUGGGUAUAGCAGAAACGCACACAAAUACGUCGACGGCAACGCUGUCCCCGACAGUAAAUUCGCUUAGUGUUGAAUAUGGCGAACCAAUGGAAUUAGUCACUAUGGAUGAUGGUAAAACCGUGGUAGAUAUUGCUGGUCCGCCGGGAAAAGCAAGUAGUCAGGAUAUGUUAGAAAUAUCAUCUGAUGUUAGCAUGGAGAGCAGCAUACAUUCUGAAAUAGACACUGCGGCUACCAUCGAUGUUGAGCAGAUUUCCACUUUUAUUGAUAUGUUUUAUCUGCCUUUUGAACAUGGAAGAAGAGGUUUACAAAUACUGAAGGAGUUUUCCUGGUUACAUGAAAAUUCCUAUGUUGUAAGAAAAAAACCUCCACAGGCAGACAGUGCUACUGAAGACGAGUGCCUCCGUAAUGUUACCAAGCUUUUCCAGCUGGUUGCUGGUAUUCCGAAUAAGGCCAUUGUGCAAGAGCUAUUUCAGUACAUAUAUGAUGCACAAGGGGUUGCAUCAGUGUUGGAAGCUUUGGUUUUGUGGAUGGCUGAAGGAGAACUAAAUAUAUCACCAGUUGAGCGUGAAAAUCUUUGGUGCAACGGUCCAAUCGAUGUCGAGCCUUGGGUUUUUGGUGGUGGUCUGAUUUCUGAUUUGCAUAAAUUGCUUUUCACAACUCCUCGCAUAGCAGAAUUUUUGCUCGUCAAGUUUUCUAUGCCACUAACCUUAAACUGCUACUUAAUACGACCUUACAAAGAUGAAGACGAGAAAGAAGUUCGGUCAUUUUAUAAUCGCUCGGAAGAUCUAGUACCAGCGGAUGCUGGGAUGCUUAAUGAAACGAGGGAAGAACGUUACUUCGACCGAUAUAUUGGUCCUUAUGUAACUUACUCACUUCCGAAAACCAUAUUUGUCGCUGUUGAGCAGUCCAACCCGAAAAGGACUGUUGCUGUUGUCACAGCAACUUUGAAUGCAAGGCAAUUUGCGGACAAGGUCCAUCGGCAGUAUAUACCGAGGAUGAGAACGAAAUAUAAUAUGUAUGCAGAAGCUGAUAAGGAAGAGGGACCUUAUGAUGAGAAUUUAGAAAGCCAGUGGCAACGACAGCAUGAGGAUAUUGCUGAUUGGGAGCCGCCUCAUCUUUCUGAGGAGAUUUACAGGCAAUUUCCGAGCCAGGUACCAUCUUUACAUGUUAUAGGGUACUUAGAAUUGGCGAUACCCUUUAUUGGUAUUCAGUACCGAAGCUUGCAGAACGAUGCCAUUGCUAUAAAACGACUAAUCUAUACAACAAUUGUAGCUCUCUCUUUUAACGGGUCAACAGGUUUUUUCACUAUUAUACGUGCUAUGGAUGUAGAGAAGGCUGAUUUUUUAACAAAACUUGGCUUUAUACCGAUCAAGGAAGCGGGUUUAUCGGAAGAUGUUUGUUUGAUGGGUCACACACUUUGA